AUGCUUUCUCAAAGCAAGAACAACGCCGAACAGUUGUAUGAAAACUCAAAUGCGAAGCUGAAACCAAAUCUGGUAGUGCCCAGUCAGGACGAUACUGACCUGUCUGCCUGGGAUUCCGAAGAUGAAAUGCUCUUUAAACAGUACCAAACACCAGUUCAAUCGCGAAGCGCCUCGAGGAGAGAUCGAACGCACACACCCCUUAUUAGGGAGGGCACUGAAAUUUUGAAACGGCUAGGAAUCCAAUGUUCCAAAGGGAAGAAACGUCUGUGGUUGAGGAAUUGGUGGAGACGACUUUCGAAGUCCUUCAGAGGCCAUUUUGCGACUCAACCACUAAAUGGUGAGGAGUAA